CAAGACGACGGCCCCUCCGGCCCCGAGGCGCUGCCACGGCGAGCGUUCUUCUACCACCUUCUCCGCGCCACGCAGAGAUUCGGCGGGACCUUUUUAGCCGGAGCUCUCGAUCGCUCCCCGGCCGUGCCCCCACCACCUUUCUCCAUCAACAGUCAUCUCUCCGGCUCCCGUCCGUAAAAUCCCGCAGCAUCACUGCACCGUGACAGACUGACAGCAGCCACGUCCGAGAGUCCAUGGAAAACGGCGAGAGCAUCGAGUACUAUCAGAAGCCCGCUGCUCAUGCUGCCAGCAAGCCAACAACCAUGGAUGGUGACGAGGCCUGCGCCAAGGAGAACGGCAAGGGCAAGGCCGGCCACCGCGCCGCCGAGCCGGAGCCGGAAGUAAGCCAGGAGGAGUUCUUCAGCGACUCCGAGUCGGGCUCCGAGUCCAUCGAGAUCGCCGACCUCAAGAAGCGCAUGUGGAAGGACCAGCUGCUGCUCAUGAAGCUCGAGGGCCUCUCGGGCCGCGACGGCCGGGGCUCCCACCCCGACCACGGCCAGCAGCAGCAGCCCGUUCCGGACCAGCUGCUGGCGGCCAGCAAGGACAGGGAGGAGUCGCCGGAGACCCGGUACCGGCGCAAGGCGAUGCUCCGGGCGCAGGACGGCGUCAUCCGCCACAUGCUCAAGAUGAUGGAGGCCUGCAACGCGCGCGGGUUCGUGUACGGAGUCGUGGGCGAGGACGGCGUCCCCGUCUCCGGCUCCUCCGACAGCCUCCGCGGCUGGUGGAAGGACGACGUCGGCUUCGACCGCUCGGGCCCGCUGGCGCUCCUCGCCGGCCAGGAGGCGACCGGUGGCCCGGGGAGCCCGAUGGCGGCGUCGUUCCUGUACGGCCUCCACGACAUCCAGGACAGCACGCUGGGGUCGUUGCUGUCGGCGCUCAUCCAGCACUGCGAGCCCCCGCAGCGGAGCUUCCCGCUGGACCGGGGCCUGGCGCCGCCGUGGUGGCCGACGGGGCGGGAGCCCUGGUGGGGCAUGCAGGGCGAGGCGCAGGCGCACCAGGGCCCGCCGCCGUACCGGAAGCCGCACGACCUCAAGAAGGCGUGGAAGAUCUCGCUGCUGAGCGCGGUGAUCAAGCACCUGACCCCGCGCUUCGACCAGAUGCGCAAGCUCGUGUGGCAGUCCAAGCGGCUGCAGCACAAGAUGAGCGCCAGGGACGCCGAGACGUGGUCCAAGGUCAUCACGCAGGAGGAGGCGCUCGACCGCCACGCGCAGCGCGCCCUGCAGAUCACGCCGCUCGAGGAGGAGGACGAGGACGACGACGCCGGCGCCGAUUCCCCGCUAGUGGCGGCGCAUCACGUCGACAAGCGCAAGCGCAAGGUCGGGCGCGAGGGCGACGGCGUCGACGUCGGCAAGGCGUUGCUGGCGCUGCAGGACAUAGAUUGCGUCCCCGACGCGGACCACAGCUCGAUCGACGAGCUCAUGAGGCUCUAUUACCGAUGCCUGCAGGGGCCCGACGACGACGGCGAGCAUCAGGAGGCGAAGGGCGCGGUGGCGGACGACGGAGGGCAGCACAGCGGUGGCGCGGUGGCCGAGGCCGCGACGCCGGUACCGGUGGCGCACCACGACGUGCUCCUCCAUGGUCUCCUGCAGCACGGCGGCGGCGCCGCCCAUCAGACCGGCGCGUCGGUGCACGAGGACGACGUGCUCCUCCGCAGCCUGCAAGGGGUCGCUGACGUCGUGGACAUGAGUGACUUCCCGAACAGCCCGAUCUGGCAGUGGGGGGUUUACGACUGACACUGACUAGAGUGGUUGAGUUAGUUAGAAUGAUAAGGCUAGGUGGAGUGCUAUGUUAAUUACCUACGUCUGUUUUUAAUUAUUUCCUCAAGUCCGUUUGAUUUUA